AGAACACAUCGUGCAGUACUUUGGAGCGUCUGUGCACCUUGGUUUGACCAACAUGGCGACCAGGGCUGAAUCCUGUCAGACACAAGAGGAGGGAGAGAAUGGACAUGGGGCUCAGAAUUCCCAAAAGUGUGGCGAGCGCGGUAACGAGUUUCAUGACCGAAGUACUAUGAUGAGACACCUGACAAGUGAAAAACUUUUUCGAUGUGAGAAAUGUGACAAAAGCUUUAGUAAACUGUGCAAUCUUAAGACACAUAUAAGGACUCAUACAGGUGAAAAACCGUAUCGAUGUGAGAAAUGUGACAAAAGCUUUAGUAAACUGUGUAAUCUGAAGACACAUAUAAGGACUCAUACAGGUGAAAAACCUUACAGUUGUGAAGAAUGCAGCAAGCAAUUCAGCGACCUUAGUCAGCUGAACAGACACAUACGGACUCACACCGGUGAAAAACAGCACAAGUGUGAAGACUGCGGCAGACAGUUCAGCAGGCUGGAUAGUCUGAAGGUACACAUGAGAACUCACACUGGUGCGAAACCGUACAGGUGUGAGAAAUGUGACAAAAGCUUCAGACAGUCUAGCAGUCUAAGGACUCACAUGCGGACUCACACGGGUGAGAGACCGUAUAAGUGUGAGGAGUGCGGUAGGUGUUUUGUUGAACUGGGUGAUCUAAAGAAACAUAUCAGAACUCACACAGAUGAGAAACCGUACAGGUGUGAGGAGUGCGGCAAGCAGUUCGGUAGGCUAAGUUAUCUGAAGACACACAUGAGAACUCACACUAGCGAGAAACCGUACAGGUGUAAGGAGUGCAACAGGCAGUUUAGUGGUCCGUCUAGUCUGAACAGACACAAGCAGACUCACACUGAUGAGAAACCGUACCGAUGUGAAGAAUGCGGUAGACAGUUCAGCAGGCUGGAGAGUCUGAAGUUACACAUGAGAACUCAUACUGGUGAGAAACCGUACAGAUGUGAGGAAUGUGGUAGGCAGUUCAGUAGUCUGGAGGGUCUGAAGCGGCACAUGAGAACUCACACUGGUGAGAAACCGUACAGAUGUGAUGAGUGCGGGAGGUGUUUUGUUGGGCUGGGUGAUCUAAACACACAUAUCAGAACUCACACAGGUGAGAAACCGUACAUGUGUGAGGAGUGCGGCAAGCGAUUCGGUAAGAUGUGUAAUCUGAAGACACACAUGAGAACUCACACUGGUGAGAAACCGUACAGGUGUGAUGAGUGCGAGAAGUGCUUUGUUGGGCUGGGUGAUCUUAAAAGGCACCUUCGAACUCACACUGGUGAGAAACCGUGCCGAUGUGAGGAGUGCAGCAGACAGUUCAGCAGGAUGGAUUCUCUGAAACAACACAUGCGCACUCAUACUGGUGAGAAAAAACGUACAGAUGUGAGAAGUGCUGAAAGCAGUUAAGAGGGAUGCUUAUUCUGAAGUCACGCAUUCAGACUCACACAGGUAAACUUGUAGCAAAGCAGUUGGAAACUGUAUCAAAAUCUUUUGGCAAUUAUGUAAUCUGAGUGCCAAGUAGACACGCAUUCCCAAACAAACAUUUCAGUGUCCAUGUCAGGAUUACUAUAUGUGAUAACAUAUGAGUCAG